CCGUGCUCGGGAGGGGUCCCGGCGCCCGCCAGGCCCCGCGGGGGCGGCGACCGCGGCCCGGCGGCCGUGGCUCGGUUCGGCCGCCUGGAGCGACGGCAGUGGCUUUGUCGAGGCGGCUGUCGCCCGGCCGUGCCUCGGCAGGAGCUGUCGCGUAAGCAGAAUCGGUGCCUCUGGUGCAGCUUUGGCGUGCGGGGAGGGAGGGCGGGCGCGCCUGUGUCGGGGUCCGCUGUUAACCCGAGCGGGGCGUAAAAUCCUUGGCACGGAGGACUGGGGCGGAACGAACCUGGCCUCAUUCGGGGAGGUGCUUAUUGCCAGGAGUUAGGGGACCUUUCAGCUGCUGCUGUUCCGUCAGAGAAGGUGAAAGUUCUAGUGAAACCCCAAUCUCUAAUGCAAAGGUCUUUCCAAAUCCCGGCAGGUGUUCACAGCAUGCAGAAUUGGAAUUGGCUUAGAGUAAAUCAGAGUUGAGAGUGAAUUUGGAACAAGCUAGAACAGUCUCAGAAACAUUAAUGUGGGUGAGCCUGGUUUUCAAGGGGAAAAAAGUGAUAGAGGGUUAGCUGCACUGCAGUUGCUGCAUGUUACAGAAUACUCAACAUCUGGAUCAGAAUGUGCCUGUGCUUCAUUGCCUGUCCACGGACAGCUCCAAACAGUUCCAUCUGUCCCAAGGAGUGUGCUAGGAAAAAAACCACGAAAACACGCUCUUUGCAGCUAUUGUGAAUCUACUGCAAAAGAUGUUGCUGGUAUCUAGAGAGCACCCUUCGUCAUCAGUCGCUUCAUUGCCUAAAAGAAACAUAGAAGCCAAAAAGUCAACAAUUUGAUCAAGAAUGGCUACUGUGAAAAAAACCCCAACAAACCAAAAACUAACCAACCAAAAAGAAAAAAAAAAACCAACCAAAAAACACUACCUCAAAAACAAAAACAGAAAAGAAAGUGCAGAUUAAAAUGCACAAUAGUGAUGAAUUAUUACCCUGGUAAUAAAUAAAAUCAUAAUAUCAGAAACUUCAAGAGCUCUCUUCUCACUUGUGGAAGUCUGGCUAUAUAAAUAAAUAUAUGUGUAUAUAUAUAUGUAUAUACUCAGUUUCAAAAUAUGGGCUGGAGAUUUUUAUAAUGGUAAUGACUUCUCGAAGUUGUCAGGUAUUCAGAAAAUGUGGCUAUUUAGCAUUACAUAAUGGAAUAUCGUGAAAUUUGUGCACAAAAUAAAAGUUUUUGAUCAUUACUUGUAAGAUAUUGCUGGUUUGAAGUGUAUGUAUCACCAUCAUGCCCCUUUGUUUAUUUAUCUGGCACAAUCCAUUUGUUGAUACUGUUGUCAUAAACACAUAGAAUAGUUUGAUUUGGAAGGCACCUUUUGAUUUUGGCUUAUCUCCAGUUUGCUUCCUGGUAACUUUUUUUUUUUGCAUUCAGAAAUAAGAUACGUACCUACAACUACUGUUGUGGUAAUUUGAUUUCUAGAGUCAAGAUUUAGAGAUUAUUUCUGUUGAGGUUUCUAAUUCUUAGGUGAAACUGGUUUUAUGCAUUGCUGGUGUUUCAUUUUUGCCCUUUCAAUCACUUCCACACAGGCAAGCAGUUGUGAGGAAGACAGUUAAGAGAAUGAGGGACGAAGGUGUCACUUGGACUUCAGUUUCAUAUCUGCUUUCUUUGGAUAUUUGCCCAAAUAAGAGUGUCCUUUUUUUUUCCUAUACAAUUCUAAAUAUUCCUACAAUAUCUCUGCUUCAUCAUGCUGACUACUGAGAAUGAGUUUGCAGUGUUGCUGUUAUUGGCCUGUGUGUAUGUAUGCAUGUCCAUGUAUGUACGUACAGCUAAAUAAAUUGAUUUUAUUUCAAUGCUAAAUCAUCCACUCUUUCAAGUGACUUUCUGUUCAUCAUGUUGUGAAUCUCGAAGAGAUAAAAUAAAUCCAUUUAAAUUUUUUGAUAGACAAACUGUCAGGGGUUCCUGCUUUGCUGCCCUGGCAGUUAGUGAGGCUGUGUCCCAUAGCACUGCCAGAGCUCUCACCUGCCAGGCAGGAGCUUUGCUUGUGGCUUCACUGCAGGUGUUCAAUACUUUGGGUACAACGUGGCCUGUCUGGCUGCAGAGAAGGAAUGAUGACUUUCACUGGUGUUCUGGUAUCUAUGGAUGCAAGAGUGUACGAGCUGUUUUCUAGUAACUACAGUUCUGCCUGUAUUAACUUGCUUCUGUUUCUGAGGAAAUGAGCAUUUCCUGCGUUUUUAUGUGGUAAAGUAAUGAAGUUUUAAAUUGUCGUGUAGUUGUUGCCUAACAGAUUUUAUUGUAGUCCAAGCCAGACGUGAAGCAGACUGACUAUCAAGGCUGUUUUCCAAUGAAUAAUAUGCCACAUGCAGCUUUUGUUGUGUGCUUUCCUACAGAUAAUUUGGGCAAACUGCCUCUAUAUUCCUUGAUUCCAAUGGGCACUUUAGAGGAAGUGAAGAAUUAAUGAAAAAAACAAUUCUGUGUAUUUGCAUAGUGCUGCUUGUAUUAUUAGAAGUUUGUUGUACUUCAAAGUUAUCUCAGUUGUUGGGAGAUUAUGUGGGUUUCUUACCCUCCUUUAGGUUUGGGUUCUUUUAAUGGCUGCAAGAUUAAACCCUAUUUUUUAUCAGUGGGGUAGCUUACCCUGCUUUGGAGAUGGGAUUUCAGUACAGCAGCAGUCUUGUGUGGCACAUUAUUUAAGGCCAUCCAAGAGCACUAUACGUUGACUUUUAAAGGAUAAUUAAUAUUUCACUGUUAUGAGAGGUAUAAACUGGUAAAAUGUUCUAUGAUCAGUCGCUUCAGGAUUAUUUCAGUAGUGUCUUAGGAGACCCCUCCUAGCCUGUGACAUACUUGAUGGCAGUUUUUCUUUGAUACAGCUGAUGUUAAUUAGUGUGGCUGUUGUAAAUCUGAAGACUGAUGCAAAUGCAAUCUGAAGGGAGUAAGAUUGAUGAGGACUUUUGUCCAGAAACUUCUAUGAUCACAGCUGAUAAGGCUACAUUCCUAGGUUAAAAUUCUCUUGAAUGAUGAUACGUAUUUGCAGUGAUGUCCUAAGUUCUCAAACAGAUGGUGCAGAUACUAGCUCCUACAAAAUGCAAGGGAGGAGUGCACUGAUUUAUACAAAUACCUGUUUAUUUUCUUGCCUUUUCUCUGUAUUCUGAGCAGGUAUAUAUGAAGGGAGUAUCACAGAAUCAUUGAAGUUGAAAAUCAUUAAGUCCAAUUUUUAAGUGAUCACCACAUUGUCAGCCAGACAGAGCACUGAGUGAUGUGUCCUGUCAUUUCUUUAGCACCUCCAGGGAUGGUGACUCCACCACCUCCCUGGGCAGCCUGUUCCAAUGCUUAGCAACCCUUUCAGUGAAGAAAUUCUUCCUGAUUUCCAGCCUGAACCUGCCUUGCCUCAGGUUGAGGCCAUUUCCUCUUGUUCUGUCACUUGUUGCCUGUUAGAGGCAUUUUUGGUGUCAUGGAGUAUUUUGUUUUGUUUUUGUCUUAAUUUUCAUUAUGACCCUCCUAGCUUUUCUAUGUAUUUCUGUUCUCAGACGUGCUACAACAGUAAUGGUUUGUAAUGUGGUUUUUUUUUCAAGAAUUCCUUGUUGCUCAGCUAAUUUAAGAAAAAGCAAGGGAUCUUUUCUCACACCUUAGUGUGAAUUAAAAUGAGUAUAAUAUGUGUCAUUCAUCUGGUGGUGGGAACAGUGAAUCAUACUUCGGUGAGUGAGGGAAAUUAAACAGGUGCAGACUUAGCAGCAGAAACUAAUACUAUGUUGGCAGACACACAUCUUCGUGUUAUAGUUAUAUGAUGCUUCUCUGCUGCUACUGUAUGAUGUGAGUAAAAUUAAAUAACUAAUGUGGUUUUUCAACAUCUAUUCUUGUUAUUUAAAUUAAAUAAGAGUUUUCAUAGAACGUAAUUUUUAAAGGAAAUUUUUUUUGAAAUCUAAUAAGAGUCGUUAAGUGCCUGUCACUCUGAUGUUAACAGGUUGCUUCAACGAACGCUUCUGUUUGAAGACAUAGGGCAGCGAUCCACUACUACUAACACCAUUUUGUGGACUACAUUUGCUGUAUAAAACCCUGAUGAAUAAAUGUAAUGCAGAUGCAAAGAGAAUUUACAUGAUUCUUUGGAGUGUGACUGCAUCAUCUCCUACAGAAGUAGGCAUGAGGCUCAACACAGAGCCCUUCUAUGACCUAAGUGAACCUGGUGUCCAGUUUUGGCCUGUGCCUUCAGCCACUUUCUUAUAUACAUAAUAGCUAUGAAAACCUUAAACACUUUGACUUACUUCUGAGGAAAGGUUAAGAGAGGAUCUGAUUGUAGAUAGGUGCCCAGACUCAAAUUUUACAGGACUUUGCCCUACCUUUACACUAACUCCCAGGCAGGGGUGAAAGCCAAACCGAGACGAAAUGCAUUACUUUUUAAAAAUGAGUGUACAAUGAGUGUACUGCUGUGAGUUUACAGAAUAUUCUGAAGUUGGAAGGGACCCAAAAGGAUCAUUGAGUCCAGCUCAAGUUGUCUUAGUUCUCAGUAUCUGCCAAAUGUGUGAGUUUACAUAUUUCAAAUAAAACUGUUGUCAUUCUAAGCUAUUGUUCUGUGUGACUAUACUGAGCCUAAGUAGCACAGGUUCCCUCUGCAUGUGCUGAGGUACCAUGGAAGGUAAUGAAUGGGGCUUCUGACUGAGCAUUAUUUCUUUUUCUUCAUCUGUGCUAAUUCUGUAAGGCAUUAUUGUGUGUUAAGUUUCAUUAUGACUGCUGAUUAACUUCAGAGAUAUUUUUUUUUUCUUUCGAGCAUACAGUGGAUGUGUCCAAAGUUAAUAUGUGCUUUAAAGUACCUGCUUGCUUCAGUUAAAUGCUAUGUGCCUGACCUCAAAAGAGAAGAGGCUAGUGUGAUUCAGCUUGAAGGAAGCUGUUAAAAAACUGUGGGGUUUUUACUAGCCUUUUCAAACUGUAGUGAUCUUCCCAGACUCUUUCAGAAAUGUUCCAGCCAAAAAUGCUAUUGUCUUGAAAGUGCUGCUGCUCUGCCAGCACUGAUGAAUAAUUGAGUACAGCAGGGUACAGUACCCUGCUGAACAUUAUUUUCGUUAAUGUUACUAGGAUUUUAUUAUGGACCUGCUAACUUGAUCCUAUAUACAAAUAAAAUAAAACCUUCUUGUGUAUGGGAAUAUAAUCCAUGGAUUACUUUUAUUUUUUAGAUAGUGAUAUUCAGGUAUUUUGUGAAUAAAUAAGAUAAUUUUUCUUCUGACUCUUAUUCACCAAUUAAACAUGGUGAGUGAUGACUGCUUCUCUGAUGUGUGUAAUGCCUGAGUUUUCCCCCAGGUCUUGCUUUCCCAAAUUGAUACAAGGAAGUUGGUAUGCUCUGGUACUAACCCUGCCAAAAUUACUGCAGCCUCAGUGCUGUUCCUGUUACAGUCCUGCCUACUCCUGAGUGGGCUGUCCAUUGGUAGCCAGGUCAGUUCCCCUCUAGCUGGAGAUUUAAGGUUGUGGCUGAAAUCAGAAGACGAGUUCCAUUCUGUCCACUAGUGCUGUAUUUCAAAAUUCUUGUCAUUUAACCCCAGCCUUCUGCAGAUGUUUUCAAGGUCACAGGAAGCAUGUAUCUGCAAAGGAAGAAACUAGGGUGAAAAAGUAGUCACAAGAGUGUGCUGUAGCUUAUUCUCUUUGUCUUUUAAGAGCAGAUGGGUAUAGAAUCUUGUUGUCCGCUGCCUUUUAGGCACAGUGUAUUUGACCUGUUUGCUUGAAGGCAACACUGUAUGUUUCCUUGAUCCCUAUUGCAGGUUUUUACUGCUUUUCUGCUACACUGAUGAACAGACUUACAGACCUUUAAUGCCAUCAUCCUCUGCACUCACUGACAGGAAGUGCUGUUUACUCCUAGCAUCUUAAGCCAAAAAAGCUUCUUUGUUUCCCAAAAGAAAGAUGAAACAACUCUGAGAACAAGGAUGUAGAGUUACUUACAGAUAUGUAUAUGCAUAUGGAGAUAAUGGGGUGUUCUAACAGUCGUGAUGGGCAGGAUCACAGUGGGUUCCUAUCUCCUUGGUGUCCUUCUGGUUCUCACACUUUCUCUGUUACGUGUUUUCAAUGUGUGGCCAUGUCCCAGGGACUAUGAAUUCAUCUACAGAUGCCAUGAUGAACAUAAUUUUUUUUUGAUGCAUCUUCUUUCUUCUCAGAUGCCUAUCCUUAAUUCAUUCCUUCUGUCUGGAUCAGUGCUAGUGGUGACAAUUUAUACUUUAAUAUUUUCUCCAGGAGUAAGUUAUCGAUUUUGCUGGGUAAGAGCUCUUAGGGAAGUAUGCGACAAAGAGGAACACCACUGUAUGUGACAAACUUUCUGUGCAUCCUAGACUGGAAUGCCAAAUUACUGCUUCUGGGGACUGGUCUUUUGGUUUGUACACAAUCCCUGACCCAAGUCCAUUUGUGUCACUUCAAGUCAACAAAAACGCUUCUUCCAUUUAGCAGAGAAAGUUAAUCAGGAACGGCUGAUGGUGCAUCUAUGCAUAUCUAAUAAGCCUCACAAAUUAAAAGCUUCCUAUGCAUAUCUAAUAAGCCUUACAAAUUAAAUGUUUCCUGUGUUGGGUUUCUAAGAAGCUUGCUGCCCUGUCAGACACAAGAGAAGGUGACAGGUUGUGAUGGUGCAUUCCCUCCCUAGGGAUUCUUUAAGCUACCUUAAAACUCCUACUUGUAACACAAACAUGCAUCCAACUGCUGGAAGUCUUGUCUUCUGCAUGUGACUGGGAUAGUGAUUCUCUGUACAACAGUCAGGGAUGCUUAGAAAAGCAAAGUUAAUCUUGCCAAGUAACUACCCCACAGCUCGGGUACGUUAUGUGUUGUGCUGUUUGAUUUUUUGACUUAUAUCAGCUCACAACUGUGAACUGUUUUGUAGCUUUUUUUGCCAAAUAAAAGAAUUGUCCUGCCAAAGCCAUCUCUGAAGGUGUUACUGCAGUCAUCACUUCUGGUAGCCACCUUGCAGUCCUUAUUUCUCACCUUAGAUAUAAGAGCCUAUAAUAUGUAUUUUUUCUUACUUUUACAUCUCAGCCAAAAAAACUCAAAUGACGUCCCAUUUACUCAUUUUAAUGGUAAGUUAGAGAACAUGCUUAGCAAGUCUGACAACUUGAUUUUGAAUGUUCCGUGAGAGUUUUUUCCCAGUUUUCUAAGUCAAACAUAAUGUCCAGUCCGGAAGCUGGCUUUCCUGUGUCUGCUGAAAAGAGGUUCCAUUUGUGACAGUUGCGAAUGUUAGUUUUAAGUGAGGGUCAGCUGACAGAGUUCCUGUGCUUCCUUUUAGGAUUUUUAUCUUAUUUUUACCUGUCUAUUUUCUUUUUAGAAUACCUGAAUUUUCAUAAUUUGAUUUAAAUUGUUCAUAUGUCCCAUUACAGCAUGUAACAUAAUAGAAAAAAAAAUCCACUAGUAUAUUGUGAUACAUUGGAUAUGCUUCCUGCAUCUGAAGUCAAUGGAUGUUGAGAUCUGUUUGUUCAAUUGGAAAAGCAGAUUACUCUUUACGUCUGUAGAAAUGGACAGCAGCAGUUUCAUUCAGUUUGAUGUGCCAGAGUACAGCAACACUGUUCUGAGCCAGUUAAACGAACUCCGCUUGCAAGGGAAACUCUGUGACAUUAUCGUUCACAUCCAGGGUCAGCCGUUCCGUGCCCAUAAAGCUGUCUUAGCGGCCAGUUCUCCAUAUUUCCGUGACCAUUCAGCAUUAAGCACCAUGAGUGGCCUGUCUAUAUCAGUUAUUAAAAACCCCAAUGUUUUUGAACAGUUGCUUUCUUUUUGUUACACUGGAAGGAUGUCCUUGCAACUGAAGGAUGUUGUCAGUUUUCUGACUGCAGCUAGCUUUCUACAGAUGCAGUGCGUCAUUGACAAGUGCACACAGAUACUGGAGAGUAUCCAUUCAAAGAUUAGUGUUGAUGAUGUUGAUUCUGUCACUGUUGGUGCCGAAGAAAAUUCAGAGAAUCGCAAUGGCGUUAAAGACAGCAGCUACUUUGCCAACCCUAUUGAGAUAUCUCCUCCCUAUUGCUCUCAGGUGCGACAGUCAACAGCAGGCAGUGAUCUUCGGAUGGAAUCUACUCCAGGCAAAACUCUGCGUAGUCGUCUGCAAGAAGAAGGGCACUCAGACCGAGGGAGCAGUGGGAGUAUCUCUGAAUAUGAGAUUCAGAUUGAAGGUGAUCAUGAGCAAGGAGACCUGAUAGUAAGGGAAAGUCAGAUUGCAGAGGUGAAAGUUAAAAUGGAAAAAUCUGACAGGCCAAGCUGCUCUGAUAGCUCUUCCCUUGGUGAUGAUGGAUAUCACACUGAAAUGGUGGAUGGAGAGCAGGUGGUAGCAGUAAAUGUUGGUUCCUAUGGGUCUGUCUUACAACAUGUUUAUUCAUUUACCCAUGCCUCAUCACAGGCUACAGGUGUGUCAGAAACCUUUGGAAGCCUGAGCAAUACAAGUCCUUCGAGGUCAAUGCUGAGCUGUUUCAGGGGGGGUCGUGCACGCCAAAAGCGUGUACCUACAGGUCACUUGCAUAGUGAUGUCCAGGGCUUGGUGCAAGGGGCUGACAGUGAAUCCAUGGUGAGUAAUCCAGGAUAUGAAAAUAGUCCACGGGAAAGAAAUGCAAGAGGUCAUUGGUAUCCAUACAAUGAGAGGCUAAUUUGUAUUUACUGUGGCAAAUCUUUCAACCAGAAGGGGAGCCUUGAUCGACACAUGCGAUUGCACAUGGGAAUAACUCCUUUUGUGUGCAAGUUUUGUGGGAAGAAAUAUACCCGUAAGGACCAACUUGAGUAUCAUAUUCGUGGUCACACAGAUGACAAACCCUUUCGCUGUGAGAUCUGUGGAAAAUGUUUUCCUUUCCAGGGUACACUAAACCAGCACUUGCGAAAAAAUCACCCAGGGGUUACAGAAGUGAGAAACAGGGUUGAGUCUCCAGACAGAACAGAAACAUUUGUGGAACAGAAAGUAGAUAAUGAUGCUUCAGCUUCUGAAGCCAUGGAUUCUAGUAUGGAAAUUCAUGCAAUGUCUAACACAUCAGAUUAAAAUCUUACAUCUAAGUGAAACACAGAAAAGCACAUUACUAAUGUAUUUUUAAAGUAUUUUAUUCUUUCAGUAAUCUUCAAUUACUGUGUACAAGUGUAAUAACCUUUUAAUUUUCCUGACCUUCUGGAAAUCAGUUAGAAAUGGUUUCUGGAGAAGACUUCAGAAGUAUUUUGUUUUUUAAGGAGGAUGAAUUAUUUGGGGUUUGUUUUUGAAUAUUUGAAGAUGCUCAGAAUAUAAAGACAGUGUACUGAGGAAAGGCUAGGAAGAGUCUGCUGAAGUGUCCCUGCUGACUGAUCUGGUGAGACAGAAAUUCCAGUGGAGAAAAUUAGAGUAUGAUUGGCAGCUCUGCUGAAUGCUCGAGCUGUAAUUUCUAUUUAUUUCUUAAGUCCUGUUCCCGGUAAUGAGUUAAACAGCAGUGGAAGAGAGAAUAUUACAGCUUUGAUUCCUCUCUUGUCACAGUGAAAUCCAUUCACUUUUACUAACUGGUUUUGGUAGUGAGUCUGUUUAUAUAUAUAAAUUUGCUUUAUAUAUAUAAAAUGCUUUCACUUUCCCUGUUCUGGUUGAGGUGAAUGUAAAAGUAUGUCAAGGCUUAUACCAUAUGCCACUCUGUCAACUGUUAGGACUCCUCUCUGCUUAGGGUGUAGAACUUCAGACUUUGGGAGGAUGGUUUUGGUUUUAAACCUGUUGUUUGGUUUUCAUUUGAUUAAAACUAUUACUUUGUGUGCAAAAGUGAGCAAAGUGAAUUACCUUGCUUUAAUAGCUUUGCUUUAUAACAUAUGUAAACCAAAUGCCAUAAAUCUAUUAAACUAUGGUUAAAUUGUUUAAAGGUUUUGUUAGUUGUCUAGAAUGCAAGCUGGACAACCUGUGGUGCUGACCUUUUUAUAUAUAUAGAGAUAGAUAUAUCUAUAUAUAUACAGAUACAUACACACACACACAUAUAUUAUAUAUAUAUAUAUAUAUAUAUACAUAUAUAUAUAUAUAUAAAAUAUUAGCAAACCUAAAAGUAGCAUUGUGGUCUAAAAUGUGUUUUUACUGGCCUCAGAAUCUACCUUCAUUUCGUACUGUAGAACCAUACCAGGUAAUUAAACUUAACUUCAUCACUCUUCAUGGUUGGUUAAAACAUGAGAGAGAUGUAGUUUAAACCACAGUAUUUCCAAGCAGUAUUUUAAUAGAUCUCUUCACAGAGAGCUGUUUUCAGGUGCACGUUGACUUCCUACUUAAAUCUCCAAGUGAUCUGCCAGCACUUGGAAUUUGUACUUUUUUUGUAUAGAAAAACAAAUACUCUAUGGGAAUUUUGAGCAAUAUGUUAUUUCAUGUGUGAGUAUUACAGAGUUGCUAUGGCUUCUCUGUUUUUUCAGUGUUUUUUUCUCUAUAAAGGAGCUACCAACAACUUUAAAAAUACUCUAAAUCUUUUUUGUUUCACCAAAUGUAUGUUUUUAAUAUGGUGCUAACUUCAUAAUUUAGGUCAGUAUAAUAUAUAAAAUGUGAAACAUAAUCAUAAUGGUCAAGAAAAAAAAAUCUCCAACAAUAGACAAACAAAAGCCCUCCCUACACAAACCAACACCCCCCAAACCCCCAACCAAACAGAAAAAACAAAAACACACAAAAAAAUAGAAAAAUAAAAACCAAAAAAACCCCAAACAAAUAGAAAACUGGCAACAAAACCCGUACCACAAAAAAAAAAAACAAUAGCUUAAGAGACCUCAAAAGCAUGGACUGGCAAACACUACUGUUUAACGUUCUACCUGAAUUCUACUUGAUGAACAGAGUUAAUUAUUAAACUAAUCACAUACUUCUUUAGAAUACAGGUUUUUAUAUUGGUUCUUACGUUUGUUUAGCUGAUACUAAAAAUACAUUUGUGAACGUGCUGUUUAACUCCCAAAAAUUAGAAAAUAAAAGCUAAUUUCUAAAUUAUUGGAAAGAAAAAGGUAGGUUUGCUAUCAUGUAAAACUUUUUGGCCCCUGUGAAGCUGGGGCAUAUUUGUGCCGUAGCUUUAUUAAAUACACUAGUUCUUAAUAUUGUGACAGUCUGCAAUAAGAAUUAGUCUCUCAAACAGGGAUUUACAGUAUAACCCCCACCUGCUUUAUUGGAGCAGUUUCAGUUAAAUUGAGUAUGUCAUUUGCUUCUUUGUCCUAAAACUGCCUAAAUUAAGAGGCAGGGGGCAGGGAGAUGUUUCUCUCCCUGAAGCAACAGCAGAAAUUUCAUUUCCAGUAAGGGAAGGGAUAGUCUAUGUCUAAGGCAGGUAGUCUGUAUGUUUACCCACCUAAAAACAUGGUGUUUCUGAUACAGUUUUUUCCUUGAGUGUUUAAGUAAUUAAAUGCAAAAAGUGUGUUUUGGUAAAUUAAGUUUGAGACAUGCAAAAUCCAAGAAAUGUACAGUUAUUCUUAACCCUUUAUCUUGAACCUGUGCUGUGGUGCCUUUGGUGUGACUUUUUCCCUGGAAGGAUGACUUGAGGAUAGCAGGAUAUGGGUACAAAUUUAUAUUUCUUGAAUUUCUCUGUGUCACAAUCUUAGCAUUAUUUGAAUCUAGUUCUUUGUAUUUGUAAAUGUAUUAAUAUGGUUUGAGUUUACCAAAGAGUGACUUAUCCAAAAUUGUCUCAGACAAAAGCAAACAAAAAAAACCAUCGCGUUGAUUGUACAGGUUCAGGUUCAAUACAUUGUAACAGACUGUUAAGGGGCAGGAAAUGAUCCGUUUUUCCAGGAGCCGUGAUUCAGCAGUGUGCAAGUGCUGCUCGCCCCAGUUCGGGCCGUUCCCUCCGCGGGCGGGCAGCGUUCUUGUCUCCAAGCCAUAGUCCAGCUCUGCGGCCCCGCGCGCGGCUCUCCCGGACACCGACGGCACCCUUGGCAGCAGCGAUGCCACCGUGCCUUGUCACACAGUGCCAGGGUGCCAGGAUCAGCGCUGUCACAGACACCAGGUGUCAUGAUGGAGUUUGUGUCACCAGCCCACCGAGCAGGAGGCCAUUGCUUUAGCAAAUGGUGGAAACCUUGUGCAGUGUCUGUGCAGUUCUCAGCACAGAGCUGUUACACAUUUCAUUUACAAUAAAUGCAGAAGUCAAUAAAAUAUGUGAAGAAAUAUUUGACAGCAAAAUAAGUAAUGAAAUUAUACAGGCUGGUUCAUAAUUGAGUCUCUUGUUAAUCUACCUUUUUAAUUCUAGACAAAUGUGAAAACAGUGACAGUGUCCUUUCCUCUAGAUGCUUAACCCAAACUGUGAAAAUAAAGGAUUUUAUACCUUUGCUUAUGUUUCUGGUUUAAAACCAUUAUUUUAGUUUUCUUUAUCAAUUAUCUUCCAUAUUAUUUCCUCUAAACUUGUAAAUACAUUUAGAAAAUAGCUUUGUAAAUACUUACAGUGUAUUAAAAUUUCAGUUUGGUCACUAAGGCCUCGAGAUUGGCACUGCUUUCUGAGUGUGAAAUCUUUCUGUAGCAUAAAGGAUACUGUCAGUUCACUGUCAGCAGGGUAGACUGUAGGCCUAAAUUGAAAGUUUUAAUGCAGUCUUCCCCAGCAUAGAUCCAUGUUUUAUGCUGAAGCCUUUGGUUUACUUCUAGACAAAACAAUGAGGCCUCUUAAUAUGUUAAGGCUGAAUUAUGGGAAGAAGAACAGGAAUAAAAUCAAGGGCUGGGAAAAUAUUGAAUAAGCUUUACCUUUAAAUAUAUAUAUAAUUUGAAUUUUUGUAUUAGUUUACUGUGAUUCUUUUAUUGUCAUUUUUCUAAACAGGUUUCACAUGAAACCUUGAAAGGGACUCAAAUAUGCAACACCUAAUCUAUUUUCCAAGGGAAUUUUACCCUUGAAUGGUGCUUUUUGACUGGUCAGGGUUAUUUAUUAAAUUUUAUAUUUGAAAGUAUUUGGGGAAUUAUGUAAAUCCUUUAUAUGAAUCUCUUUAUUUCAUGAAUUGUAAAUUUCAUAAUACUCAGUGAUCAAAUUGGAAGUUUAGUAAAGUCAUUCAAAAUGUUCAAACUUUAUAAUCUGUGUGCAUUUUACAUAUAUUUUAUCAAGUGCCAGAAUACUUGUAUUUAAUAUUGUAGAUUUAAUACUACUUGCACAUCCCUGUGGCAGCAUUAACUUAAGUUACGCAAGUUUACAUUAAAAAAAUAAAAAAAGCUAAACAAAUAAGUAAGCCUGGGACAUGUGUUCCUGUAUUUCUUCAGGGGAUGUGAAGCCACGUAUCACUGACUGAGCAGGUUUGCUUUUUGCUCCUGUAGCUCGCUCCUGCUAUGGCAGAUGCAGAACUGCUGACUCCCAUUCCCACAGGCCAGGGUUUCAGCCUUUGGACUCAGCCCAGGAACCUCUGGUUCUAGAUCUGGUUGGAGGUAGAGCUCUUGCAGGAUUUUAACAGUGUUUGUUUCUGACUGAAAAUUUGUAUUUUUAAAUAACUUUUGUUUGUAUGGUUAUUUUUCAAGAUAAAUAAUUGAACAGUUUGAAUGACUUGACUUGGUGUCAUUUUUUGCAAUAUAAACCAGGAACCUCACACCUCCGCACUUCAUCGCCACAUGAAGUAAAUGAAGCUAGCUAAGCUGAUGCUGUAAGAAUUAGUAACUUACCAUUAAGGAUUAUUUUACAGCAUGAACUUUAAAAUAUUUAUUCAAAUGAUAUUUUACUCUUGUAUUCACUUUGGUUUUAGAUUUGUGACAUGAAUAUUUCUGUGCUGCUUUAUUUUGUUCUGAUGAGUUUGUUUCUUGCUUGUAAAUAGCUUUUUUUAUGGUAUAAAGUCAAUCGGAAUUGCUGUUUGUAAAUUAAAAUGCUUCUAGAGCAAA